AUGGCCACCGCCACAAUUCCAUCUCCGGUCAUCCACAGAACCCAAUUCCCCUCCGCCACCAAGAAGCCCUUUCACACCGCCACGAAUCUGGGUUCGGUCCGCAACGUCUCCAAAUCAUUCGGCCUGAAUUGCUCUUCCCAGAACUUCAGGGUCGCGGCGGCGGUGUACAAAGUGAAGCUGGUGGGGCCCGACGGGGAAGAAAGCGAGUUUGAGGCCGCCGACGACUGCUACAUCCUCGACGCGGCGGAGAGCGCCGGCGUGGAGCUGCCGUACUCGUGCAGGGCCGGGGCGUGCUCCACGUGUUCGGGGAAGAUGGUUUCCGGGUCGGUGGAUCAGUCGGACGGGUCGUUUUUGGAUGAGGAGCAGAUGGAGGAAGGGUAUCUGCUGACCUGUGUGUCUUACCCGACGUCGGAUUGUGUCAUCCACACUCACCGGGAAGAAGAGCUUAAUUAA